GCCCUUUUAAGAAGCGUUGCCCCUUUAAGAGGCGUGGCCACAGCCAGUUAGUGGGCGUGGCUAUGUAAAUUUAAAAGCGCGCGUCUGUGGCUUGGGGGCGUGGCCACAUCCAUUGGGGGCAUGGCCACAUCGCUGAGGGGCGUGGUCACAGCCGUUUGGGGCGUGGCCACAUCCAUUGAGGGGGCGUGGUCACAUCCAUUGAGGGGCGUGGCCAUCGCCAUUUUAAGGCGCGAGCGCGUGGCGCUCUCGCGCGCUGCCCCACCCCCGGAAGUGGGCGUGGCCAGCGCGGCGGCGGGCGGAAAGCGGAAGUGCGGCCGUGAGGGGACCCGGGGGGGUGGCGACAGCAACCCCCCCCCCCCCCCACCCCCGCCGGUACCGGCGUGGCCCGGCAUGGCCGUGACUUACCCAUGGAGCAGCCCCGGCACCGGGACGCGGCUACCGGAGCUGGCGGCCCCGGGGGGGCUUGGAACGGGAUCUGCGGCCACCGCCCCUCCCCGCCACCACCGCCACCACCCCCGGCCCGGCGGGCGACGACGGCGACGAAAGUGGCGAGCGCGACCCUCCUGUCCCCAACCCCGGGAGUGUCCCCAACCCCGGUGGCGUCGCCGGUCCCGGGAGUGUCCCCAACCCCGGGAGUGUCCCCAGCCCCGGUGGAGUCGCCGGUUCCGGGAGUGUCCCCAGCCCUGAGGGUGUCCCCAGUCCCGGGCGUGUCCCCAACCCCGGGAGUGUCCCCAACCCCGGUGGAGUCGCCAGCCCCGGGAGUGUCUCCAGCCCUGAGGGUGUCCCCAACCCCGGUGGCGUCCCCAGCCCCGGGAGUGUCCCCAACCCCAGGAGUGUCCCCAGCCCUGAGCGUGUCCCCAGCCCCGGGGGUCGCUGCGGUUGCCGGGGCCCCCCCAGCCGCUCCCCCGAGCCCCUCCCGGGCCAUCGCGUGUGGCCUCGGCUGUC